AUGCCGCUGAAGAUCAUCAUCUGCGGUAGCGGCAUCGGAGGGCUUUCAGCUGCCGGAUACCUCCGCGCCAAGCAUCACGUCACGAUCCUCGAGCGCGGCACGCUCGACUUCACAGUAAACGACUAUGGAAUGUCAAUUGUCUCCAAUGCCUUCAAUCUCCUGCAAAGAGCUGGUAUCAAUCCACAGAAUCUUGACAUGGUCGUCCCGACCCACGUCUGGAGGAGAACCCCUAAUAAUGAAGAGGGGAAGACAAGCCACUUCGAUACGAGGGCGAGAUUUAAAGGGGCUCCCUCCGUCCUGGUUAAGCGAGCCAAGCUCCAAGGAGAGUUGAUGCGAUUCGCAACUAGUCCCGAGUUUGCCGGUGCGCCAGCUGAAGUUAUUCAGAAUGCGAAGGUAACUAAAGUCGAUACCGCCGCCGGGAAAGUAUGGACCGAAGAUGGAAGGCUCUUCGAGGGCGAUUUGAUUAUCGGCGCCGACGGUAUCAACUCGGUCGUUCGCGCCGCCAUCCUCGGAGAUCAAGACAUCUCGGCGUCCGUCAAAACUUACGAUUCUUUAGCGUUUAUGACACAGCUAUCCAUCGAAGAUAUCCGGUCGGACCCUAGCUUUGAUUACCUGUCUGACCCCGCAACCCAAGCUGGCCUCGCCAGCGCGCAGGCGAGCUCGGGUCCUCAAGUGAACAAGCACAUCAUCGCUUAUCACACCUCGCUAAAUUCCCUACAAGUCUUCGGCUACACCUCUGAGAAGGAAUUCUCCGAGCAGUUCGACUCCGCCAAGACAGCCAUCAUCAAAGACGUCCCCGCAUCCAGGGUAAUCGAGGAAUUCGCACCGGAGUUCGGUGAAGGAUUCAUCAACCUCUUCCGGCAUAAUACCAAAAUUGACGCGUGGAGAAUCCGCGACGUAGCCGCCAUGGACAACUGGUUUUCCGGCAAGGCGUUGCUGAUUGGAGACGCCGCGCACGCGGUAACUCCGCUCGCCGGGCAAGGAUCCAAUAUGACCAUCGAAGACGCCGAAGCGUUAGGUUACCUUCUCCGGGACGUGGACUCGCCCGAUGCCAUUCCAGAUAUCUUGCGGAAAUUCAUGUCGUUGCGCAAGGAUCGUGUCGAUCUCGUUAGACGCCGCUCACAUGAGAUAGGAGGCAUCCAGGAGGAAGGGCACGAAGGCAGGAAGCGAAUCAGCCCGGAGGAAUUUGCGCGCAAGAUUGAUACGUAUCAGGGGGUUGAGCAAGCGUUGAACGGACCGAAGCACCCAGGUAGGGGCAGACACCCUAAAUAA